GUCAGGUGCAGAGCCGUAGAGUGAGCGGGAGGGGAGACAGAAGAUUUUGAGAGAGAGAGGCAAGAAAAUGCACAGUGACUUUAUAUCCAAACGGGACCCCACCAAGAAUGGAGGGAGCGGAUAGACCAAGUCACUCAACUGGCCCAAGCAGUUGGCCUUGAGAUUCACUGAAGGAUUUUUGCAGAGAUUUUUCUUUAAAUGAAGAAUUGUGAAGGGAGAGAGGAAAAAGAAAUGGGAAGAGGUCAUCGCGGAUAGCGGAUUUUCUUUUGGAUUUCUCCCACCUGCUGAGAUCCUGAGCCGCUGGAGGAGGGGGCCUGGGGGUAGAGGGACUGACAUUAGCCCGGGCUGGUUUGGAGCCCCCUCCCUGAGGAAGGGGAGGAGGGGGGGCGGUAUCCUCAGGGUGAUCAGCGGCGCUGGGGCAGCCGGCUCGCCGGGGCCAUGGGAGCGCAGCGGGGCUUCCUCGCAGCCGCUGCCCGCCUCCCCACGGGCGACACUGCCGCCUGAGCAUGGAGUCCCCGCCGCUUCUCCCCGGCAACCUGUCGCUCGGAGCUGCCGGCACUGCCCAGAGCCGCUGGCCGGCCCCCAGCGCGUCCCCUCCCGGCUCCGGAUCGCCGUCCGUCCCGGUCAAGAUCCUCCUGGAAACCAUCAUGGUCCUGAUGUGCCUGGCGGCGAUUGCAGGUAACAUUCUGGUGAUCGCCAUUAUUGUUGUGACUAAACACUUCCACUCAGUGACCUCGGUAUUUCUGGUCAACCUGGCUGUCAGCGACUGUUUGGUGGGACUGGGAGUCAUGCCCUUCGUCGUCCUGUCGGUGUUUUACCAGGACUGGAACAAGUACAAUGAUCUAUGCCUCUAUGUGGGUUACACCUCCUCGGUUUACUGCACAGCCUCAGUGCUGACACUAGCAGCCAUUGCCCUGGACCGAUACCAUGCCAUCAUCGACUGCCUGCAGUAUAACUCGCAGAGCACCGUGCGCCGGACGGUUGCCACUGUGGUCUGGAUCUGGCUGCAGUCGGCCCUCAGCAGCUGCCCCCCGUUGCUGGGCUGGGGCCGCUUUGGCUAUUCACCGGCAGGUUACAGCUGCUCGGUGGAGUGGGCCGACAGCCUGAGUUACACCGGCUUUGUGGCCGUCUUCUCCUUCCUGCUGCCCGCCUCGGUUAUGGUCUUCUGCUACACCCGGAUCGUCAAGGUGGCGCGGGGGCAUGCAAAGCGGAUCCAUGACAUCGAGAGCCAGCUGCAUCGCCACGGCAACCCUGGGGAGCUGCCUGGCGACAGGCCGACAUUUUCCCAGCUGAUCUGCAGUGUCGACUCCCGGGGCUGCGAGGAGGCCCAGGCCCAGGCUCAGGUCGCGGCCCAGGCCCAGGCCAAGGCUCGGGCAGGGGGCCUGGGCAAGAGACCUGACAUCUUCCCCCGGUGCGGCUCCCCGGGCCGGGAGCACCACGGUGCUUUCCGCCUCUUCCUGGUGAUCUUUGCCUUCUUCUGCUGCUGGGUGCCGUACGAGAUUGUGGGCCUAGUGCGGGCUGUGGAGGCAGCGGCACUGAGAGCAGACAAGGCCCAAGCCCCCUCUCCCUCCCGCAUUCCCCCCGCUGUGUUGACGGUCGUGCACUGGCUGGCUCUCCUGAACUCGGACAUUAACCCACUGCUGUAUGCCCUGCUGAGCCGGCGUUUCCGUAAGGCCCUGCGUUAUUGGCAACGUAGGCUGGAGGCCAAGGUGUGGCUGAGAGGCCCAAGAGCCCGGCAGGAGGAGGGGGCCAACGCUGCUGGAGGAGGAGGAGGAGGAGGAGGAGGAGGAGGAAGUGGAGCUGCCGUCUCCCUCUUCCAGCCCAACCCGGGCACUGAGCAGAAGAGGACCAAUUCCAACACCACUGCCAUCACCCAGCUCAGCCCCCAACAUCGGCUGCAAACCCGGUCCUGCUCUGUCUUCUCUGUCAGCUCCUUCCCUCAGGAUCGCUCGCCCUUCGAUGCCUCGGCUGACUCUCCGCUGUUUCUCCGACCCGAAUGGACGAUGGAAGAGCCAGGAGGACGGCAGAGCGAGAUUCCCGGCACCCGCUAUUUAAAUGUUCCCCAGCACAUGCCACCAGAAACGGACACCAUGCUGCUGAACUCUCCGCCCCUCAGUGAGAAACCCACAUCCACCUUCCUAUUUGGGAAGAUCACAGUGAAGGUGGAGAACAACACCAUUGUCGAGUUGUAGAUGCUGGAACUUUUCCCACCUGUACCUGAACCUUUGUAUUUGCCUCUUGGGGAGGCUUCCCUCCUGCCCUCAAUGGACAUGCCAAAGUGAAUGAAUGAACUUUCGGAGGGUUGAGUAUUGUAUUCAGUCAUUGGUUAUACAGGCAGACACGUGCCCUUCACUGUUGGUACAGGCAGAUAUGUGCCCCUCGCUGGUGGGACAGGCAUGCAUGUCCUCUCACGGUUGGUACAGGUGAACACAUGCCCCUUUCUAUUGAUCCAGGCAGACACAAGCCUUCACUGUUGGUACAGGCAGACACAAGCCUUCACUGUUGGUACAGGCAGACACGCCUUCACUGUUGGUACAGGCAGAUACGUGCCCCUCUCUCUGUUGAUACAGGCAGACACAUGCCCUUCACUGUUGGUACAGGCAGACACACAUUCACUCUUGGUACAGGCGGACACAUGUCCUCUCACUGCUGGUACAGGCAGACACGUGUCCUCUCACUGCUGGUACAGGCGGACACAUGCCCUCUCACUGCUGGUACAAGCAGGCACGUGUCCUCUCACUGCUGGUACAGGCGGACACAUGCCCUCUCACUGCUGGUACAGGCGGACACAUGUCCUCUCACUGCUGGUACAGGCGGACACAUGCCCUCUCACUGCUGGUACAGGCGGACACAUGUCCUCUCACUGCUGGUACAGGCGGACACAUGCCCUCUCACUGCUGGUACAGGCGGACACAUGUCCUCUCACUGCUGGUACAGGCGGACACAUGCCCUCUCACUGCUGGUACAGGCGGACACAUGCCCUUGCUAUCAGAUGCUGUUAGCAAAGUGGGGGCCGUGCAGCACCUGUCUUACACAGGGCCCUAGGGCCUAAAAGAUAGAAGCGGGAUUAAAGAGACAGAACCAUGAAGAAAGGGCAUUACCCUACAUAAACUUGACACACAGGAAAUGACCAAUUGCUCCAUCCACCCCUGUUCUACCCUAUUCCCCACCCCACUCACUGUCACAUGAUCUACCUUGGGAGAGGCAAUUAGACAGAAAACCAAACCACAGUUAGGGUUUCAGAAAAUAACAUUUGCUAUCAAUUCUUCUUGAAUUCAGCUAAGAUCUCAGAGCAGGUGUGUAAACCAUCGUUAGUAAACCAGUUCAGAUUUGGUCUGUGCUGAUGGCUGCAAGUUUAAAAUGACUGUGCAACACCUCAAUUGCCCACCGUCACACACUGACUGGCUUCCUCCAUGCUCUAUAGAUACACAUAGCAAGGGAACAUCAGUCUGAUGCCAUUUUACAUUGAACAUCUUGUACACAUUAGCAUUUGCAGAUGGUUUGAGAUGAUGCAACUCUGCCCUCAGUUUAUCAUACUUUGUUCCAAAAAGAAACCCUACUUUCUAUCUCACUAAUCAUCCAAUCUUUACCUUGGCAGAAGCAAAAUACUGCAGAUGCUGGAGACCUGAAAUAAAAUCAGAAAGUGCUGAAGAAUCUCAGCGGGUCUGGCAGCAUGUAUGGAGAGGGAAGCUUGAGAUUGUCAAUAUCCAUAGCUCCAGCCCUCCAUCCACAGUGAUGUUAUCUGCAAGAGGCAAACAAACAGAAACACAAUAAAGGAAUAAAUAAUUUGGAUAGUUGAAUUUAUCUUCAUCACUCUUUACUGAAUUCUGUCAAGACCUCAGAGCUGAAAAGGCAAAUGUGCUAAUCAUUCUUCAGAAGCUGAGUCACAUUGGAUUCAAAUUGUGUUAAUCUGUUUCACUCUCUCCGCAGAUACUGCCAGACCAGCUGGGUUUCUCCUGUAUUUUCUGAUUUUAUUGGCAAUUUUCAUGUUUUGUUUAAUGGGCUACAAAAGAAUGAAAAUGUUCUUACAUUACUAAAGAUUAGAUAUCAAAGCAUGGAUGUUGCAACCAGCUCCAUGUUUCAGUUCAAUAGGAUACUGCUUGACUGUGCCAAAGAGCAAGACUUGAACUCAGAUAAAAUCCAUUCCCUGACGCACAGUUAAAAUUGGGCACAAAGAGUUCUGUGCACCCAAAGUCACUUUGUGUUGUUGUUUGUAGGUAUCCUUUGUUAGCUGGUAAAUUAGUGUGUUUCGGGUAAGAUAAGUAAGUGGUUCAAGUUUUGUGGUGACUGUUUGGAACCUGCAGUAUAGUAGCUGAUGUUCAUUGAUUUUUAUUGUGGGCUGAAUGGCCUGCUCAUGUUUCAAUGUACAAACAUGAAUGGUCAAAGGCUGUUGAGUUAAUUCAUCAAUUAAAUGGUAUUUCUCGGCUAAUGUAACAGCAUUGUUAACUUGAUGACUUUAAAUGGGUCAAUGCCUCUGUUAAAGAAGUGAAUAAUGCCAUUCAAUUAAUACCCAGCUCUACCUCUACACCAACUUUCCCAAACUCACUUUUGUUUCUGUGCUCUUGAACUGUUUGACACACAGUCUUAGAUUAACUGUAAUUCUCUCCAAUUGGCAAGACUAAAAAAAAUCAUUGUCACCACUCCCCCUGCCCCACUCCAAUGACCAGCUCUGUACCUUCACCACUGACUUCACAGUCGUGUUCCAGACUGAAUCAAACUGUUCACAGCGGCAUUGUUCUUCAGUUGAAUUUCCAAACCAUAUUCUUAGUGUAAUAGAAACUCUGUAUCAUUUCUUCCCUGACGUCAUCUGCUGCUUAAACCUUUAUCAGUUUAUUGUUGCCUCCACACUCAAUUAAUCCCAUAUUGACCCGACUGGCCUCCCAGCCUCCACUCUCCGUAAACUUUAGCUCAUUCCUGACUGUGCAUCUGGUGAGUCAUGUCACACCCAGCCACAUGCCCAUCAGAAUUAAGCUUAGCAUGACCUCAUGAUGACCAUCUUCUUCUACGUCCUUAUCCUUAGCCCCCACACUCCAGGCCUUGUCGUCACAGGGGCUACUACAACACGCCUGUCAACCCAUUGUCAGCCGCAAAUGGUUCCAAUGAGCAGCUAUUAGGCGAUUAACCCAGCCCUUUGCCUGUCCAACUGUGUUUCUCUCUCCUUGGUCUCUCUCUCUCAACCUAUCGUUUACUCCCCCCCCCCCCCCUCACUCCACCCUAUCUCCUUCAUAAAUACCAACCUUUUCCUCGCCACCAUCAGUUCUGAAGAUGGGUCACUGGACCCCAAAACAUUGGCUCUGCUUUCUCUCCACAGAUGCUGCCAGACCUUCCGAGUUUUUCCAGUAAUCUCUGUUGAUUCUUACAGCCUUGGGUCCUCUCUUCCCCAUUAAAGGUUAUAUUAUCAAUGCAAAUUGUUGCCUUUUUUUUAUAAACAAACCAUCGUUUUAUUUAACAUUACUUGC